CAGUACAGCACAAAGUCAAUGAGCCAAUAUCCAGCCCCAGUCAGAUAUAUAAGACGAGAAAGAUCUUUAAGUCACAACAAAACCAUAAAACCAAACUCAGGAGUGCACAGAGAGCAUUUAUGCAGGUGCGGCGAUAAGUAUGAGGACCUAUGUUUUGCUGUUUCUGAGCCUUGCAGUGGCUGUUGGUCUCCCAGUGCAGGACUGGUUACCAGUGGAGAGUGUGGAGGUGGUUCAGAGGGAGAGAAGUCCUCUGCUGGCAGACCUACUGCCUGAGCAGGGUCAUGUGGUGCAAGAGGAUCCAAAACCUGUUGCCAGGAAAGAGUCAGUAGUGCAGGAGAAAGCAGCUGAACCAAACCCAGUGCAGCAGAAUGAGCCGGUUAAAGUGCAAAGUCUGGUGGAAGACAUGCCUCUUGUCAAGAAACAGGAGGCAGGAGCAAAUGAAGUUAUUAAGGAGAUAGAGCUCAAGAAAGAACCUGUCAUGGAUGAGCCAAAGGAUCAAAAAGAGGCACUUACGGGGCAGAUGGAAAUAGCUGAGGAGGAUCUGGCAGCAGAAGAGCCAGCGAAAGAGCAAGAACCUGUUCCAGAAACGCAAGAAGUCCAUCAGAGGAACCCCAAUGAAUUUGUAGAGGGGCCAGUGCUGGAUGUAGAACCCAAAGAGACAUUAGUGGAGGAAGAGAGGAAUGUCUUUCAGGAAGAGGCAUUAGAGACUGGAAAGGAGCCAGAAUUUGUUUCGGAAGAGCAGGAAGUCCAUCAGAGGAGCCCCAGUGAAUUUGUAGAGGAGCCAGUGCUGGACCUAGAACCUGAAGAGAUAUUAGUGGAGGAAGAAAGGGAUGUCUUGCAGAAAGAGGCAUUAGAGACCAAGAUGGAGUCGGAAUUUGAUUCAGAAGUGCAAGAAGCCUAUCAGAGGAACCCCAGUGAAUUUGUGGAGGAGCCAAUGCUGGACCUUGAACCUGAAGACAUAUUAGUGGAGGAAGAUAGAAAUGUCUUGCUGGAAGAGGAAUUAGAGACUGGGAUGGAACCGAAUUUUGAUUUAGAAGUACAGGAAAUCUAUCAGAGGAACCCCAAUGAAUUUGUAGAGCCAGUGAUGGAGCUAGAACCUGAAGAGACAUUAGUUGAGGAAGAAAGGAAUGUCUUGCAAGAAGAUGCAUUAGAGACUGGGAUGGAGCUGAAUUUUGAUUUAGAAGUGCAGGAAAUCUAUCAGAGAAACCCCAAUGAAUUUGUGGAGCCAGUGAUGGAGCUAGAACCUGAAGAGACCUUAGUGGCGGAAGAUAGGAAUGUCUUUCAGGAAGAUGAAUUAGUGGAGGCAGGUUAUCUUGCAGACGAAGAGCCAUUAAUGGAGCCAGUGGAGCCCGAAUACAAUAUGGCCGAGGAUCGAAUGUUGGCAUUUGAACCUUCACAGGAACAAUUGUUAAUGCAGGAUCAUGAACAGAGAGAGACAGAGUCCCUGAUUGGAGAGGAAGAGCUAAUGAUGGCUGAUCGGGCUUAUAUGGAGGAGUCGUUAAUGAAUGAGAAUUUAAUAAGAGAAAAGAGAGAAUUAAUCGCAGAGGAACCAGCUGAGAGUGAUGCAUCCCAGUACAGGUGGCAGACAUGCAACGGUGUAGUCAUCAACAGUAAAUGUUACCAGUUCUUCAGGGGACCCAAGAGAGCGGCUGAUGCUGAGUUUUACUGCCAACAACAGUUCCCUGAUGGACAUUUGGCUUCUGUGACAAGCAGCUACAUUCACACACACAUGAUGGCGCUCAUGGACAAAAAUGGGGGUCGAACACGUACCUGGAUUGGAGGCCUGAGAUACCUAGAUACCAGACGCUUCAUAUGGCUGGACGGGACACAUUGGAGCUAUGCUGACUGGUUACCUGGGGAGCCUAAUAACACUGCUGGAGUGGAAAACUGCGUGGAGUUACUGAGUGAUGGGAAGUUCAAUGACAUGCCAUGCUGGGACCUGCGAGCCUUUAUCUGCUCCUAUCCUUAUUAAGGAGCCACCAACCUACUGCCAAAAAUUCACUGGACUUCUUGCUUGAGAUAAUUUUUUUUUUUUUAUUUGCCAAAGCUCUAACUUUUUAAUAUUUAUUUCAUUUUGUUGUGCCAGUUUGAUAGUUGCACAGUGAUUACGUCAGGUUUCUCAGUGCCACCAAAUAUUAUAAAUGUACAUAUUAUCUCAUAUUGUCUUAGUUGUCUAUUAUUGUCUCACAUCAGUCACAUACUUUGAUUUUGUAUAUGAAAAAUACAUUAAAACAAACUUUUUCUACUGUGA